GUUGUCUUUAAAAUGACGAAUGCUGUUUGCAAGUCACACAACAAGUCUUGGGUGAUUAUCGAAACUUGUCGACUGCACGCAAUUCAACGCAAUAAAACUAUUCUCAAUGUAAUGGUCAACUUUUUGCAUCCUACGAAUUCUGUAUCGAUGCGAGUUCAAAUCUUGAAGAAGGCCAAUGGUUAUAAGCCUUGGAUUUUCGACGUUACGUUCGAUGCCUGCAAGUUUAUUAAAGACAAGUCCAACAAAGCCGUUAAGGUCAUAUUCGAUCUCUUUAAAGACUUUUCAUCUCUCAACCAUACUUGUCCUUAUGUGGGUACAAAUGGUAUACUUGGUUUUUACCCGAAAGCGGAUAGACUAAGUGUUCCGAUGCCCACUGGAGACUAUCUUUUAUUAAUGUUCUGGAAGUUUUACAAUAAACUUCAGUUCGAAACAAAUGUUUACUUCACAUUUGUUGAGGACUUUUGAAGCGAGCAAGGCCUAAAUGAAGUAUCAAACUAUAAACGUACUUGAACUAUUUGAACUAAAUUAACAACUGCGUAUACUUCCUAUUUAAAUAAAGCGGGUAAAUGAAAUAAAAACGAUACCAAGAACUCGAUAAAACGCAACUUCGAUAUGCUGGCAAUGAAAGAACAUAUCGAACGGGCAGUGCGAACUAGUUCGGAACUUAGAGCUACACCCAAAUAGGUAUCGAUUUGGAAUUUUUUGUUGAAACGAAAGCCAAAAUGGUUCUAAGCCACACAAAAAAAAUCUAUUAAUC